AUGCGUAUCUCUCACACUCUUACCACGUUCAUUGCCGCAUUCGGCCUAGCUAGCGCCGCCCCUGCCGAAGACGAAGCCCGUCAACAUGCCGAGCACAAACGCCAGCUGGGCAGCAGUGCUGGAGAACUUGGGAAAGACGCGAUUUUCGACUAUGUCAUCAUUGGCGGUGGCACCGCUGGUCUCGUGAUGGCCAAUAGGCUAAGCGCCAAGGGCGAUGUCACCGUUGCUGUCAUCGAAGCCGGCACGUUCUACCAGAUCACCAACCCUGUCAUCGGUAACACGCCCGCUGGCGAUACCCUGUUUGCUGGGUCCAGUCCGCUCGACACUAACCCGCUCGUCGAUUGGAAUUUCGUUACCCAAGCCCAAGCCGGAGCCAAUAACCGUCGCAUCCACUAUGCUCGUGGCAAAUGCCUCGGUGGGAGCUCUGCUCGUAACUUCAUGAUUUAUCAACGCGGUACUAAGCAGUCUUAUCAAAAGUGGGCAGACGCUAUCGGUGAUAACAGCUAUACCUGGGACGCGCUAUUGCCGCAUUUCAAGAAGAGCGUCAAGUUCACACCACCCGGUUCUUCUCGCUCUCCCAAUGCCAGUGCAGGCUAUAACCCCGACGCUUUCUCUCCUGCGGGAGGACCUCUUGAUGUCUCUUACGCCAAUUAUGCCCAGCCAUUUAGUACUUACCUCGAGCCCUCGCUCAACGAAAUCGGCAUCCCCCAAGCCCAAGACUUCAACAGUGGCGAGUUGAUGGGCGCCCAGUACUGUGCUGACACCAUUCAACCCGAUUCUCAGAAGCGUGAAUCCAGUCAGACGUCCUUCCUUAGCGAGGCCAUCGGCCGCAAGAACCUGAAGGUCUACCAGUUAUCUCUUGCUAAAAAGAUUCUCUUUGACAAUAACAAGAGAGCCACAGGCGUCGUUGUCUCUUCCAAUCCCAGUCUGACCACUUACAUUCUUAAGGCCCGCAAAGAGGUCAUCCUAUCAGCCGGUGCUUUCCAGAGCCCCCAGAUUCUGAUGGUAUCUGGUGUCGGUCCUAAGGAGCAGCUCGACAGGUUUAAGAUUCCCGUGAUUGCGGAGCGCCCCGGUGUAGGCAAAAACAUGGAGGACCACGUCUUCUUUGGUCCUACGUGGCGUGUGAAGGUCCAGACUCUGACCCGUCUCGCCAACGACCUGAUCUACACUGCUGCUCAGUUCGCUAUACCCUACAGUGUACUCAAGCAGGGUCCACUUACCAACCCGGUCUGCGAUUUCCUUGGCUGGGAGAAGACGCCUCGCGAUCUCAUCUCUGCGGAAGCCGCUGCUGUUCUCGACAAUGAGUUCCCUCCCGACUGGCCUGAGAUCGAGUAUCUGACCGCGCCGGGUUACGUUGGUGACUUUGCCAAUCUUCUACUCACACAACCCAAAGACGGAUAUCAGUAUGCCACCAUCCUCGGUGGUCUGGUCGCUCCUCUCUCCAAGGGUACUGUCACCCUUGCAUCGGCCGACACUAAGGAUUUGCCCCUUAUUGACCCCAAGUGGCUGACUGAUCCGACCGACGUUGCCGUUGCGAUCGCGACAUUUAAACGCCUUCGUCAGGCAUUCGCCAGCAACGCCAUGCGCCCGGUUUUGGCUGACAACAAGGAGUACUUCCCCGGUUCCAAAGUUGAGACAGACGCACAAAUCCUCCAAAACAUCCGCAACACUGUCAUGACAAUCUGGCACGCAAGCUGCACUUGCCGGAUGGGCAAGACAGACGACCCUAUGGCCGUUGUCGACAAGGAUGCCAAGGUCAUUGGCGUUGACGGCCUAAGAGUUGUGGACGCUAGUAGUUUUGCCUUGUUGCCUCCCGGUCACCCUCAGAGUACCGUUUACGUGUUGGCCGAAAAGAUUUCGGCCGAAAUUCUGGCAGGCUACUAG